AUGCAGCAAGUGUACGAUCUGGUCGUUAUCGGAGCAGGCUGGUACGGACUUGCUGUCGCCGCGACAUAUUUGCAAAUCCAUCCUGACGCCAACAUUCUGGUUCUGGAAGCCCAGUCUACCAUCGGCGGAGUAUGGAGUCAAGAGCGCCAAUACCCAAAUUUAAAGUCCAAUAAUAUGCUCGGUACAUAUGAGUACCCAGACUUCCCCAUGCACGCGAGUAUCUAUGGUGUGGAGCCUGGUCAACACAUUCCUGGGCACGUCAUUCAUCGAUACCUGACCGAUUAUGCGAAGAAAACUGGAAUCUUUUCUCGUACCAGAUUCGAUACGAAGGUUCUUGAGGUCUCCAAAGCAUUCGAUGGUGAAGGCUGGGCAUUGAAGACAGACAGUGGCGACUUGGCCACAUUGUCUACCAGAAAGCUCGUCGUAGCCACUGGUCUAACCUCAACCCCCUUCAUACCCAGCUUCACCGGAGCAGACACCUUCGCGGAAUCCGGCUUGCUCAUCCACUCCCGCGACUUCAACAAACAUACUGACCGCCUCUUCAACAAGACCUCUUCAGUAACAGUCCUUGGGGGCUCAAAAUCAGCCUGGGAUGUCGCAUAUGCAUGCGCAAUCCGCGAUGUACCUGUUAACCUCGUUAUUCGCUCCUCAGGCCAGGGACCAACAUGGAUGGCACCACCUUACGUGACGCCCGUGAAAGCGUGGCUAGAGAGACUGGUUCACAGACGCUUUCUCACAUGGCUAUCUCCCUGUAUAUGGGGCGAUGAAGAUGGCUAUAAAAGUGUGAGAAGAUUCUUGCAUGGCACAUGGCUAGGAAGGAAAAUUGUAGAUGCAUUUUGGUGGGUGCUGUCUACUGAUGCCAACGCACUGAUCGGGUAUGAAAAGCAUCCUGAGACGCAAAAAUUGAAGCCUAGACAUUCGGCUUUCUGGACCGGAAGUGGGCUCGGUAUCUUGAAUUUCGAUGGCGAUUUUCUGCGUCUGGUGAGGGAAGGGAAAGUCAAAGUUCACAUCGCUGAUGUGACAGAACUGGGAGAUGGCAUUGUGUCGCUCAGUGACGGUACACAGUUGAUCACUGAUGCGGUCGUGUGCGCAACAGGCUGGAAAGCACGACCACCACUGAAGUUCCUCCCCGAAGGUUUGGAUGCUGAACUUGGUCUUCCUAGCAGCGCAGCCCGUGUAUCCUCUUCGGAAGCCAACUUCGAAUCAGCAGAUGCUAAGAUUCUCUCGCGUUUUCCCCGACUGCAGGAACAGCCCAAAACACCUAUCCCUGGAGGCGAUACCGCCGCUGAUGGAACUGAUCAGCCUUUCACUCUGUACCGCUUCAUAGUGCCACCAUCGACUGUACUUUCAGACCCAUCCAUCGCCUUUGCAGGCAUGAUAACGACAAUCUCGACUCCUCUCUGCGCAAGCCUGCAAGCUUUGUGGAUUACAGCCUAUCUUACCACUUCUCUGUCACGUACAGCCUUAUCAACCGCACAGGCCGAGGAACAAGCAGUUCUACUCGCAAGAUUCGGUCGUUGGAGAUAUCCUUGUGGGUACGGGGAUAGAUUCCCGGACUUUGUGUUUGAUGCUGUGCCGUAUCUAGAUAUGCUGCUGAAAGACUUGGGGUUGGAACACAGGAGAAAAUGGAGCUGGUUGAAGGAGAUUUUCCAAGCUUAUGGGCCGGAGGACUAUCAAGGUGUUGUUGAAGAGUGGAUGGAGAGAAAUGGGUCAUGA